AUGUUCACUCCUUCAAACCUCCUUCUCCCGGUUCUCCUCGCCGCGAGCGCUCUCGCGCAUCCUCACCCGAACACCCCGCGCGACGUGCAUCAACACCAGGCGCGCAACGUCACCGAGCGCGACAUCAUCUCCGACCUUGGACACUACACCUCCGCUCGGUGGACGUACUAUACCCCAGGUCUGGGCGCGUGCGGCGCAUACAGCAAGGAAAGCGACUAUAUUGUUGCGCUGAACUCAGCGCAAUGGGACGGCGGUAAGCAUUGCUGGCAGCACAUCAAGAUGCAGUACGGUGGCAAGACUGCAGACGCAACCGUCGUUGACCAGUGCCCCGGCUGUCCUCACGGCGGGCUCGACCUGUCCCCUGGUCUCUUCAAGUACUUCGGCUCCGAGUCGCUUGGCGUCCUUUCGGGCUCGUGGUCCUUCACCUGA